GAGACUUGGGAGGAAUGCUUGACACAGAGCAAGCUAAGCUUCACAUUAACAUGGCAGUAGUACUCAAGGGUUCCUUACAUUGUGAGGGCAAGCCCAUCAACAAAGAGAGACAAGAUGGAAAUAAGGCUUCAUGGCUUAUCUGCUUUACCACUACUAUGAUGUAUGCAGCUUUUAUUCCAAACUUGAUGAACUUGGUGACUUACCUUCAUAACAUAAUGCAUAUGGAUAUUGCAACCUCAUCAACUACUGUUAGUAACUUUAAUGGUGCGUCCGCGGGAUUUGCUUUGCUCGGAGGCUUCCUUACUGACUCAUAUAUCACUAGAUUCAAGGGCAUUGUCAUCUUUGGUCCCCUGGAGAUUCUGGGGUAUAGAUUGCUAGCAUUGCAAGCAUAUCUUCCAUCACUACAACCACCACCAUGUGACAUCUCUAAGCAAUCGAGCAAUUGUAAGCCUGUCCAUGGCUCUAAUGCUGCUAUACUUAACAUAGCAUUGUAUAUUGUGGCAUUGGGUGAAGGUUUUACGAGAGCAAACCUUCCAUCCUUUGGGGGAGACCAGUUUGGUGAAGACGAAAUUGGGCUUCGCCGCAAGUCUAGCUUCUUCAACUGGUACACAAUUGGCAUAUCAAUUGGAGGAAUAAUAGGUCUAGUUUUCGUAGUUUGGCUCCAGAACUAUAAAGGAUGGGACCUUGGUUUCGCUCUAUGUGCAGCUAUUGUUUUGCUUGGGAUCAUAGUGUUUGUUUUCGGCUUUAAAUUCUACAGACAUCAAAUUCCCAACGGUAGCCCUUUCACUCGGAUGCUCCAGGUUAUAGUAGCUGCAUUUAAAAAGAGAAAGCUCCCCUUACCUGAAAACGAAGAUGAAUUAUAUGAAGAUCUAUCUAAGGAAGAGAUGUUGGGUGGAGAGUUACUACAACACACAAAGGGUUUUAAAUUCUUGGAUAGAGCAUCAAUAUUGAAUGGGAAAAAUGGGAACUGGACACUUUGCACUGUAACUCAAGUGGAGGAGCUGAAAAUCAUCCUUCGAAUGUUCCCGAUCUUCGUUAGCGCUGUCGUUGCCUACAUUCCUCUGCCACUGAUUCUGACUCUCACUGUUCAACAAGGUGGAACAAUGAACAAUAAGCUAGGGAAGAUUCAUAUAUCUCCAGCAUCUCCAGCAUCUCUCAUGAUAAUACCAAUAAUUUUACAGAUACUGCUCAUAAUUCUUUAUGAUCGAUUAUUUGUGCCAUUUGCAAGGAAGAUAACUGGAUACAGAACUGGAAUCACCCACUUACAAAGGAUAGCUAUUGGGUUUAUAUCAGGAACAAUAGCAACUUGUAUAGCUGCUGUAAUAGAGAUGAAAAGGAAGAGUGUUGCAAGGGAUCAUGGGCUAAUUGACUCUGGAGAUCAGGUACCCAUGUCUGUAUUUUGGCUUGGAUUGCAGUUCUUUGCUUUGGGGAUCAAUGAUGCAUUCACAUUUGUUGGGUUAUUAGAGUUCUUCAACAGUGAGGUCUCAAAGGGAAUGAAAUCUAUAGGAACUGCCAUCUUCUUUUGUGUAACAGCAUUGACAUCUUAUAUUGGAACUAUUGUAGUGAAUGUAGUAAACAAAACUACAAGCCAUCCUGAUACAGGAGAGAUUGGGUGGUUGGAGGGCAAUAACUUAAACAAGAACCAUCUUGAUCGGUUCUAUUGGUUGCUUACAAUCCUUGGAUUGGUGGGUUACUUGAACUAUCUGUUUUGGGCGAAGAGAUAUGUAUAUAGGAGAGAUUAUCUUGUUCAAAAAGAUUGAAAAAUGUUAUAGCGAAUAGUUGUAUGUUACAAGCUCAAAAUAA